AUGUCUGUGAAGUCUAUACCUGCCUUUGACGAAUUGCCUGUUGACAAGAAAGGACCAUUCCUGAAUGCUUGGGGAUUAUAUGGAAAUGAUGAUGAGCUGGGCUUCCUAAAUCGUUUAAGUGAUGAUUUGGUGAAAGAAGCCGCCAAAGAGAUUCAGUCCGGUACAAGGAUCUCUCUGAAUUGGCCACUGGAUGCUCAGGGUGACAUCCCCUUCUUCGGCCGUCAGGUUUUUCAUAAACACGUUUAUCAGAAGCCGCCUCGCGUCGUGAACGACGAUGUUUGGACUUUCAACACACAGAGUAGUAGUCAAUGGGACGGCCUUCGGCACUUUGCGUAUCAAAAAGAAGCAAAGUUUUACAAUGGCGUAACACUUGAUGACAUUCACAGUGAGAAUUCAACCACCAAUGGUAUUGGAGCUUGGAGCGAAAAAGGCAUUAUCGGUCGUGGUGUUCUUCUUGACUACGAAGCUUGGCGAGAAGAACAUAAUCACCCCCAAAAGGAUGCAUUUAAACCUGGCGUCAUCACCUUGUCCGAGUUGAAAGCAGUUGCCGAGUGGGAAGGCGUAGAGAUCAAGUUUGGCGACAUCCUUAUCAUUCGUUCUGGGUACAUGGCCCAGCAUCAAAAACGUUCUCGGAGCGAUCUCGAAGCUCUCAGCAAAAUCAUGCCGCCCACAUUCCUAGGCGUGGAACAGAGUACGGAAAUAUUGAACUGGAUCUGGGACAACUUUUCCGCGGUCGCUGGGGAUCAGCCAUCCUUCGAAUGCUGGCCAUCGUCCCAGCCAUAUAUGCUUCACGAAGUACUUCUGGCUGGUUGGGGCUGUCCGAUUGGCGAGCUCUUCGACCUCGAAGCUUUGUCUGUUCAGUGCAAGAAAAACGCUCGCUACAGCUUCUUUGUCGCCAGCGAACCUUGUAAUGUUCCCGGAGGUGUGGCUAGUCCACCGAACAUCAUUGCGAUUCAAUAG